AUGGCGUCCUCUGGGUCCAGGCCUCAUGCAGGUCAUGUCACCCCUGAUGAAGAACACUUGAGGAUUGUCCUAUUGGGGUACAUAGAUGCUGGGAAGAGUUCAUCUGGAAACACCAUCCUGGGCAGAGAGGAGUUUGAUACUGUAGGGAGAACAGCUCAGUGUGUGAUGAGACAGAGAGAAGUAGCAGGAAGACACGUCACUGUGGUGGAGGCACCAGGAUGGAAUAUUGUAACUACAGAAUACACACCCACCAUGACCAAAGAGGAGAUUGAGCUCAGUGUCUCUCUGUGUCCUCCUGGACCCUACGCUAUACUGCUGGUCACAAGUCUGAAAAUAUUAUUCACAGAAAUGCACAGACAAUCAGUACAGGAACACCUGGAGCUUCUGGGUGAGAGAGUGUGGAGUCACACUAUAGUGCUGUUCACCUGUGGAGACUGGCUGGGAGACACACCCAUUGAGCAGCACAUUGAGAGUGAAGGAGAGAGUCUACAGUGGCUGGUAGAGAAAUGUGGGAACAGAUAUCAUGUCCUCAACAAUGAGAGGAGAGAUGACCACAUGCAGGUCACACAGCUGAUGGAGAAGAUAGAAGAGAUGGUGGCAGCAAACAGAGGACAAUGUUAUGAGGUGGAGAGAUGGAGAAUAGAAGAGUUGGAGGAGAAGAGUAGGAGAGCUGAAGUGAGAGGAAAAGAGAGGAUGAUGAAGGUGAAGAGAAUGAGAGAAUCACUCCGAUCUCAGAUGGGUGAUUCUCUUCAUCAGUCAGAGUUGAGGAUUGUGCUGCUAGGAAUCAGAAACGAAGGGAAGAGUUCAUCAGGAAACACCAUCCUGGGCAGAGAAGAGUGUGAUACUGUCAGAACUGUUCAGUGCGUGAAGAGACAGGGAGAAGUAGCAGGCAGACACGUCACUGUGGUGGAGGCUCCAGGAUGGAAGAAUAUACUUGUAUAUACAGAUGACACACCCACCAUGACCAAAGAGGAGAUUGAGCUCAGUGUGUCUCUGUGUCCUCCUGGACCUCAAGCUCUACUGCUGGUCAUACGUGUGGAUAGAUCAUUCACUGACAAACUAAGAAGAUCGGUGCAGCAACACCUGGAGCUUCUGGGUGAGAGAGUGUGGAGGGAUACUAUGGUACUGUUCACACAUGGAGACUGGCUUGGAGACAGAUCCAUUGAGCAGCACAUUGAGAGUGAAGGAGAGAGUCUACAGUGGCUGGUAGAGCAAUGUGGGAACAGAUAUCAUGUCCUCAACAAUGAGAGGAGAGAUGACCACAUGCAGGUCACACAGCUGAUGGAGAAGAUAGAAGAGAUGGUGGCAGCAAACAGAGGACAGUGUUAUGAGGUGGAGAGAUGGAGAAUAGAAGAGUUGGAGAAGAAGAGGAGGAGCGAUGAAGAGAGAGCGAAAGAGAGGAUGAUGAAUGUGAAGAGAGAGAGGGAAUCACUCCGAUCUCAAAUGGGUGAUUUUCUUCAUUUGUCAGAGUUGAGGAUUGUGCUACUGGGAAUCAAAUAUGGAGGGAAGAGUUCAUCAGCAAACAUCAUCCUGGGUCGAGAGGAAUUUGGAACAGUAGGGAAAACAGCUCAGUGUGUGAAGAGACAGGGAGUGGUAGCAGGGAGACAUGUCACCGUGGUAGAGGCUCCAGGAUGGAAUACUGUAUCUAGAGAAUACACACCCAACAUGACCAAAGAGGAGAUUGAGCUCAGUGUGUCUCUGUGUCCUCCUGGACCCCAUGCUCUACUGCUGGUCAUAGGUGUGGAUAGAUCUUUCACUGGGAAACACAGAAGAUCAGUGCAAGAACACCUGGAGAUUUUGAGUGAGAGAGUGUGGAAUCACACUAUACUGCUGUUCACCCGUGGAGACUUGCUGGGAGACACACCCAUUGAGCAGCACAUUGACAGUGAAGGAGAGAGUCUGCAGUGGCUGAUAGCGAAAUGCGGGAACAGAUAUCAUGUCCUCAACAAUGAGAAGAGCGAUGACCACAUGCAGGUCACACAGCUGAUGGAGAAGAUAGAAGAGAUGGUGGCAGCAAACAGAGGACAGUGUUUUGAGAUGGAGAGAAGGAGAAUAGAAGAAUCGGAGGACAAGAGGAGGAGAGAGGAAGAGGGGAAAGAGAGAGAAUCACUCAGAUCACAGAUGGGUGAGUCUCUUCAUCUGUCAGAGUUGAGGAUUGUGCUGCUGGGAUACCGAGAUCCUGGGAAGAGUUCAUCAGGAAACACCAUCCUGGGCAGAGAGGAGUUUGACACUGCAAGGAGAACAGCUAAGUGUGUGAAGAGACAGGGAGAAGUAGCAGGCAGACACGUCACUGUGGUGGAGGCUCCUGGAUGGUGGAGGAAUUCUACUGUGGACCAAACCCCCAACAUGACCAAAGAGGAGAUUGAGCUCAGUGCAUCGCUGUGUCUUCCUGGACCCCACGCUCUACUGCUGGUCUUAGGCAUGGUUAGAUCAUUUACUGAAGAAGUGAGAAGAUCAAUGCAAGAACACUCCGAGCUUCUGGGUGAGAGAGUGUGGAGUCAGACUAUAGUGCUGUUCACCUGGGGAGACUGGCUGGGACACACACCCAUUGAACAGUACAUUGAGAGUGAAGGAGAGGGUCUGCAGUGGCUGGUAGAGAAAUGUGGGAACAGAUAUCAUGUCCUCAACAAUGAGAGGAGAGAUGACCACAUGCAGGUCACACAGCUGAUGGAGAAGAUAGAAGAGAUGGUGGCAGUCAACAAAGGACAGUGCUAUGAGAACCGACAAGAGCAACAACAGCCUCUACGAAAAGCACGCAGCUAUGACCUGGUUCCACCAAGCAUGAGUGGCGCACCCAGCCAAGAUGAUGACCGCUGGUCUCUGUCCAGCACGGCGUCCGGCUCCUACAGAUCUGUCUUCAGCUCAAUAUCAUCCAGAUCUACAGUGUCUUCACAAUCUUCUGGGUAUGAGUCUUCAAGGUCUGGCAGUUCUUCUUCACAAAGUUCUGGUUCUAGAACUACUAAGAUAACCAACCCCUUGAAAGUUCGUAAAGGCCUUGAUGACAUUCUGGAGGUAUACGACAAACCAACUCCAAAAGACAAGGACACACGUGAGAAAAGGACAUCAGUAGGUUUCCCAGAGGAGCAGGACUAA